AUGCGAACUUCACGGGAAGUUUGGAGAACAGAGCCAGAGGCCGUUGUCCGCGUCGAACAUCCAUUACCAGGUAACCUAUCUGCCCACGUCUUUGUUCUUGGCUGGCUUGGUAUACGAAGAGAUAAAAUUGUAUUUGCCGACAAGAAUGACCUUGGUGACUAUGUACACACCGUGAUUCUCGUCAAACCUCCAGCCACCGGAGGAUAG